AUGUUCAAUAGCUGGAAGGAGGCUUGUAAGCAGGUACUGAAGGCUCAAGAGUACAAGUGCGAACUUCAUGGUCAGAAUUCUCGAUUGGAGAAAGAGGUGCUGCAGUUGCAGGGAGAACUUCAAGUUCUGCGAACAGGCCUCCGAUUCAGUCCCCACAUCAUUUCCGAAACUCAAAGUGACUCCAUUUCACCAAGCGAUUCCGUGUCCCAAAUUGGGAGCGGAUCGAACGCUGUCCAACACGCUUGGUGCACAAUCAAGGCGAAUGCAAGAGCGAUUGCAAAUCGUGAUCUACUGCCUCUCCCCAUUCCACGCGACACACCAAUUUUGAUGAAGAAGAAGACCAAGACCUUCUUCACUAAGUAUCACCUCAAGCAGUGGACUGACACGGUCCACAAACUCAAAGAACAAGAGCCUUUACUGGCUCUUUGUGCCGCUCAUUGGAAAGCUGAACAUGUAUUGAAUACCAUUUUGACAGGAAUCACGGAAUCAAACCAGAAUGCUACCAUGAGAAGAGACAACGCUUCCGAUUUGGACGACCCAGCUGUUUCCCUGCCCAAUCCAUCGUCAAAGACCAAUACCUCUAGCUCCAAGCACCGCCUUUCGAAUCCAUCUCCGACGAAGCCAAAGAAGAAAAAGAAGACAGGGAAAGAGAAGGACAUUAAGGGUAGCGAAAAAGCUUCACCACCUUCAAUAACUAUCGACGACGACGCCAUUAACCGACAGCUGAAUCUAUCAACAGAAAACCCAGGGACUGCUGCCGCUGCAACCGAACCCCAAGAUAAACCAAGUCCCCCCCUUGAUUUGGCGAUUCCUGCCAUUCCCUUGACACCGGAACGCAUUGACAUCGACCUUAUCAAUGUCAAUCCGUCAUACUCUUCAUUAAAAGAUGAAUUUUCAGGCAGUCAUCACACUAAUACUGUCGCUGUCGAACUUCUCACAGCAUUUGAGGCUGACCCCGAUUUUCAGUCGGGUGAACCGACUCAAGAUACGCUAUCGUUUCUUGAUCACAUCGAAACCACUGACCCGAACUCACCUAAUUUUUCAGAAGAUGAUUUAUAUGGAAGCUGGGGCCACUAUCAAUUCACCGCUGGCAGCCAGAUGAUUUCCACAGUUCUUACCUCCUGGAAAUCGGCCAUCAAACCCAAAUCAUUUCUUAGUGACGUCUACAUCGAAUUACUCGUCGACAAGCUCUUGGAUCUGUGGAAGGAUGCAGGAGGGAGCAUUUCAAAAGGGAAGGGCACGAACAAAGACAGCGCUCUUGGCACCACUCUACCCACAUCCGACAUCAUCCAGAUGCAGGCCCCUUCGACCCAACACGCCGAACCUGAAGACAUGCUCGUCGAUGCCACGGCGUCCAGUUCUGGUGAAUCGAGUGAAUCAGCAGUCAAAACCGCUUCCAUGGAUGUUCAAAAAAUACUUCAAGCCCUCCAGAAAGACGAGUUGAAGGCAUGGAUCAAUGACCACAAUAUCAGUACACCCACUAGUGGCUACCACUUUAUUUCUAUAACCUAG